AUGCUGGAGGAUAUUGCUUUUCCAGUUGGAUUUGCUUGGGGUGCAGCCACAGCAGCAUAUCAAAUUGAAGAAGGCUGGAAUGCAGAUGGAAAGGGCUCUAAUGUCUGGGACAUAUUCACUCAUCAGGGAGGAGAUCGAGUUUUCAAGAACCAGACUGGUGAUGUAGCUUGUGGCAGCUACACUCUGUGGGAGGAAGAUUUGAAAUGUAUCAAACAGCUUGGAUUGACUCAUUAUUGCUUUUCUCUUUCCUGGUCACGUCUGUUACCUGAUGGGACGACAGGUUUCAUCAACCAGAAAGCUUCAGAAGAGAGUGAUAGAGUGGCUUUGGUGGGUGCUGGCAUCCAGCCAGGGUCAACACACUACAGAAGCUUAAUGUCCUACUAUGGUCCUCCAGAACUUGUGUAA